CCAGUUCCUUUGGGACGUGCAUGGGGUUAGGAAGAGAGGAAGGCCUUGAGGUAGAACGUGUCACGUUGUCAUCCACCUCGGGGAGCUUUCGUCACAGUAGACAUAUCUUCUUAUGCUCUUUGUAGGCUUGGGCCUACCAUAAACAUAACAACAGUUCAUGUACAAUUUUCACGCAAAUAACGGUGCUAUAAGCAGUAAAAAAUAGGCCGAAGCUGUCAAGACUCUUAGUUCGAAUGCAACCCCCGUUUCAUCAUUCAUUUCAGCUUCAUGACAACGCCGGUUACCAUGGAUGAACAGUUACAACAGCAGCAACCGGUGCUGCCCUCUGCGGCAACCGAGAGCAAUUCCCAUGUCUGGAUCCCAGAAGUAGUCGAACGCGUAGCCAACUUCUUGCCGCGGAACGAUGUCGCUAGCACGUUGCGUCUAGUAAGCAAAAGCUGGGCCGCACCACUAAGCGGCCCAGAGUAUACAGUCGUGCACCUAUCUCAGCAAGCACAACCCCACGCGUUCAAGGAGCGUUGGGGCGCCCCAGGCGCCAUGCGGAACCUAACCUUCGCACAGCGGCUGCAGCUGCUGUGCCUCGUUGCGCGCACCGGCAGCAUUUCCAACUUACAGGUGGCGGUGGAGGCUGCUGGAAUUGCGCUGCCCACACCCGAAUGCAAGGUGGUAACAAAAGCCGCUGCUCUCGCUGGACAGAGAAAUACGUGCAACUGGCUUCUGCAACACGGCUGCCCCAUGCGCAACGACACCAUGGAAGCAGUCGCUCGAGCGGGGCAGCGUGAGUCCUGUGAAUGGCUGCGGCGAACAGGCCUUGCGUUCGGCCUGGGCACGGUGCUCGCAGCGGCACGCGGCGGCCACUUGGACCUGAUGGAGUGGCUGCUGCAGCAGCAACCGCCCUUGCACGGCACCGGCGCCACCGAGCUGCUGGCGGCGCAGGCGGAGGGCUGCGAGCUAGAGCCGCUGCAGCAAUUCUACCAGGAGGAUAUCGUGGAAGAGGGCGUGUGGCUGGACGACAUGAACAAGGAGCGUGUGCUGUCGGCCGCCGCCAAGAGCCCUACAUCCGACUGGCAGGCCAAGGUUGAAUGGCUGGAGGAGUUGGGCUUUCCGAAGCACCCCUCCGCCUGCGUGGCUGCUGCCACCUGCCCGGAUGCGCUGACCCGCCUGGUUUGGCUGCAUGGGCGGGGCUACCGGGCAUGUAAGGCGUCGGUCAGCGCAGCGGUGCGUGCGGGCAACACGGCGGCUGUGGAGUACCUGCUAGCCGAGGUGCACGUGCAGCUGGAGAGCCCCAUCUACGAGGCUACCGGUCAGCUGCAGAUGCUGCAGCUGCUGCAGGUGCACGGCUGCCCCCUGGACGAAAGCCUGGUAGUGGAAGCCGCGUUGCAAGGGCACCUGCCCGCGCUAGCCUGGCUGGUGGACACGAUGGGGCUGAAGGGGCAGUCGAUGCUCAGUGCCGCGGCAUCAUCAGGGAGGGUGGAGGUGCUGUCGUGGCUGUACGAGCGUGGCUACCGUUGGGACGAGGAAACCAUGCGCCAGGCUGCCGAUGCGGGCUGCGAGGAGGUGCUGGAAUGGCUCGUGGAGAAGGGCUGCCCCUGGGGGCUUGACCCUUACACGGCGGCUGCUGACCACGGGGACAUGGCAACACUGCGCUGGCUGCGGCGGCGGGGCUGCCCUUGGAAGUACUCGAGUAGUGGCGGCACCUUCGUGUCUUGCAUGAAGAUGUCUUGCUGCAAGCCCGUGCUGCGCUGGAUGCGGGAGGAGGGCUGCCCUGUGAACUGGGUCAGGGCAUUCUCUUUGGCCCGUCGCGUGCAACCGCAGCUGCUGCUCUGGCUACGGCAGCAGCGUCAAGCGGAGGAGCGGCGGCAGCAGGAGGGUCAGCAGUGAUAGGGACUUGCGGGAGGCAACACAGUUUGUUGAUGGCGCAUAUGCAGUCCACUUGCCAAUAGUGGCGAGCUUAGACUGGGGUAGGAGGUUGUGCCCGAAUGUUAGCUCCCUGGCGUCGGUGCACGGUAGUGGGGAUGGUAGUUGCAGUCCAUGCAUGUGUAGGGCAGGAGUUGCGGCAGGUGUUUGGCUAGUCGGGCUUACCAUCAUCAUGGUUGUGAAGAUGUGCACGCAUUACGGUUGGGACUUGAUAUGGGCGAUGGGGUAGUGCCUUCGGCGUUGCCAUUGAGACAGCUUGGCCUUAGCGUCUGUCCUGGUCUGGUUAGGCCUGGUUGUACUGAUGCUGGUUGGGUGCUGGUUGCACAAUCACAGGCGGCCGACAACUGGGUUGGGCUGUGUGUACCAGAUGAUUGACAGUAAUGGGAUACCUCGUAGAGUGUCAAAGGGCGAGGCGUGUAGUAAGCUAGAUGGCCGUGAGGGGGGCUGAAGGCAUACGUAUUUCGCAGGAGUUACGAUGCGGAUGCAUAGCGUUUGCAAGGCGCCGUGGCCCCUUCCAGGGUAGUGUCAACAACUGGCAGCCACCUGUAAACCUG